GGUCGGCCAGGCGUGAGGGGUCGGGGAAGUCUGAAGGCGGACCGAGUGCAACUCACCGGUGGCCUGCACACAGAGUGGCCUGAGACGCCAAUGCAUGUUUACCGAGCCAGCCGGGUGACGCGGAUGCACAUGGAGGCGGUUACGGCUGCUCUAGGUCCUCAGCCUUGCUCCUCCCAGAGAGCUGGGAGCCCGCUGCAGUCUGUGCAUUCGGGCACAGGUGCCGCGUAGCUGUGAUAAACUAGCCUCUAUGUUUCCUCUGUCUCUGCUGAAGUUAGCUGGCAUUUAAGGAUUAUCACAGAGCCCGGGAAUCUGGCCGGAGUGCGAAAUAUCAUCCUUGUCCUCUCUGGAAAGGGGGGCGUUGGGAAAAGUACCAUCUCCACGGAGUUGGCCCUGGCGCUGCGCCACCAGGGCAAGAAGCCUCCGCUCUCUUUUAGGUGGGGAUCCUAGAUGUAGACCUGUGCGGGCCCAGCAUCCCACGCAUGCUCCGUGCACAAGGCAAGGCAGUGCACCAGUGUGACCAAGGCUGGGUGCCUGUCUUUGUGGAUCAGGAGCAAAGCAUCUCCCUCAUGUCUGUGGGCUUCCUGCUGGAGAACCCUAACGAGGCCGUGGUGUGGAGAGGUCCCAAGAAACAUGCGCUGAUAAAGCAGUUCGUGUCUGACGUGGCCUGGGGAGAGCUGGACUAUCUGGUUGUGGACACGCCACCAGGGACUUCUGAUGAGCACAUGGCCACCGUGGAAGCCCUGCGCCCCUACAGGCCCCUGGGGGCCCUUGUGGUCACCACACCACAGGCAGUGUCUGUUGGGGAUGUGAGGCGGGAGCUGACUUUCUGUAGGAAGACUGGGCUGCAGGUCAUAGGGGUCGUGGAGAACAUGAGCGGCUUCGUCUGCCCACACUGCGCUGACUGCACCAACGUCUUCUCCAGGGGUGGAGGGGAGGAGCUGGCCCAGCUGGCUGGAGUCCCCUUUUUAGGCUCGGUUCCCCUGGACCCCCAGCUCACCAGGAGCCUGGAGGAGGGCCGUGACUUCAUCCAGGAGUUCCCCAAGAGCACUGCCUAUGCCGCACUCACUUCCAUCGCCCAGAAAGUUCUGCACAGGAUGCCUGCUCUGCACUCCUGACAGCCUCCCAGCCUCUCUGUCCACAGCCUACAGGAGCUCUGGGAGCUGGUGUCCUCAGGACUGGCCUGAGCAAUGGCUAGUCUGUGCGAUGACCUCCGUGCAGACAUCUCCCUGCAGGCCCCAGUGUUGGGGGCAGAGUUUUCUUUACCAUCAGCGGCCUCGCCAGACUAGUUUGUAGCUGAGGGGACGGUUUGGGUCCUAGUUUCUUGAGAUGGUCGCAGCCUUAACCUCCACCCUAUGGGUUUUGUCCAGCCCUAGUUCCCUCCGCCCCAGAUCCACAGGCUGCUCAGACAGCACACUAUACAUGAGCUGGCCAGUACGUUCUCCUCCUGACUGACCCUGAGUGCCCACAAGGACUGUGCUGUGGAGCCUUCCGUGAUGUACUGUGUAGUUUACUUGGUAACUUACGGAGUCUACCAUUAAACUAUCUCUCUACCUUGUGGAGAACCCAGCAUCCAGACCCUUCUGUCCUCAGUGAGAUGGCUUUU